GAAACACGCCGUCGAACAAAUAUGUUAACGGCUUUGCGGCUGGCGUAACACUUGUUUAUAUGGGUGUGAUGUACUAUUCUCUGAGAAAAAAUGUUUUUCCAUAUUUAAAUACCGAAAAUAAUCAAAUCACUGAACUCUCUGAGGAUGAGAAAGCUAUGGCAGAAGAUUAUUCAAAUCCAGUUUUCAAAAAUGUUAUUGAUCGGUUACGAGCAAGAAAAGAAGAAAGACUAAAAGCAGAAGCUGAAUUAAGAAAUAUACAAACAAACUAAGUUUGCAAAGUUUAAAUAAUAGUGUGAAACAUCCAUAUUUAAAAUACAUAUAGAAAAUGGAUGUUGAAAAAGAUGGAUUGCAUAAAUCCAGUAGUCCAGAGAGAAGAUUAAGAUUAAAAAAAAGUUACAAAGAAAGAGAUAUAGAUGAGAAAGCUUGUGCUUCUGAUGAUUCUAAUAUUGAUAAUAGAAAAAAUAGAACUGCUAGUACAUCUCAAUCUGGAUAUGAUGAUGACAGCAUAUUAGAUUUUAAAUCGCCAAAAAAACAUCCUUUACAACCAAGAAUCAUUGACAGCUACAAGCCUCCAAAUAAGUCGAAAAAAAAACUCCCCCAUUCAAAAUCCAAGGUUAAUAAAGAAAGAAAAGCGGAAAGCAGCAAACUAUUGCAGAAUAAAAAGAUUGUACAUGAUGUACAGCAGCCAUCAAUCGAGUCAUCUUUUUUCAAGUCUGACAAAAAAGAGACUAAUUUGCCACAGAGUUUGGCUAAUGUGAAAAUAGCUCACGUAUGCCCAUUAUGUUUCAAAACUCUCAAAGAUGAAAAUUCGCAAGCUGUACACAUGAAGAGUUGCGCGACGAAGAAUAAUGUGUCUACAAAAAAAUUAAUGGUCGCCGUGGAACUUCAAGAACGACAAGCUGCGGAAAGAAAGUCGUUAGGAUUGCUUUCCGCGCCUGUGUUACAAGAGAAAAAAAAACCUGUUCCUCGUAAAAUGACAUCUCACGAUGAUCCCGAUCUUCAGCUUGCUUUAGCGCUUUCCAAAUCUUUAUACGAGAAAGAAGAAAUGGAAAACUGGGAUGAAGCUCAAAUCGCGGCUAUCUCAUCUAGCCCGUCUUCGUUGCCGAACGCAGAAUAUUGUCACAAAACAACAUUACAGAACUUUGGAUUUACUAGCAAUAGAAACGUGUCACCUGUGAACAGCUGGCCUGCCACUAAAAUUAAGAAAAAAAAAAUCACGGAACCAACUAUUCUACAAAGACGUACCGCUGUGGAAAGAGAAAGUAUUUUAACAGAAAGAAUAGCCGAAAUACUUAUGGGCUGUAAAGACUUUACUCAAAGACCUCAAGAAGAAGAGGACCAUGAUGUUAAAGAGAAAAUUGUUAUAAAGAAUCAAUUCCUUCAGCAAAUAUAUCAAACUGAGAACACAUUGUGGGACAAGACAAAAUUAACUCCGACUAAAAAUCUAUUUUACGUGAAACAACUGUUGCCUCAGAUAGCGCCAUCGGAGAAGCAAGUGCAAAUAUCAAAUGAAGAGGAAAAUAUCAGAAAACUUACGGAUCCAACUGUGAACGAUAAAAGGCUUUUAGAUCAGCAAGAAGAGAAAAUAGAAAUACAAACUCUACAAAAACCGGAUAAUGAAAAAUUGACAAAUUUCUCGAGCUCAGUCCAGACGUGUUGCAGAGAAAAGAAAUUUCUUGACGAUCUCGCAUCAAGUUGGAGAAAUAUAUUGAACGAUAGUUCUGCGAGUGACAUUAUCGUGUUUGUGAGGGACGGCAAACACAUUUGGACUCACAAGUUGGUUUUUUAUGUGCGUUGUACGAAUAUUUUGCUCGAUGUAGUGGCGAACGAUACAGAGUUUUCCGCCGCGAAAGAAAAGCUGUGUUGGACCGAUGUGGAUUAUGACGUUGCUUUGGCUUUUUUCGAAUUUGUCUAUUGCGGAAUCAUCGAAAAGUAUUCGAAAACGCUCGAUUCCGAUACAUCGCUGUCUGAUAUUCGAUCUCUAGCAAGGAAAUAUAAAGUACACAAUAUGUUUGCUUAUUUACGUCAAAGAGAAUUUACUCCUAAUCCAGCAGAAAUCAAACACGAGCGUGAUGAUACAUCGGAGAUCAUUCAGCGUCCCCAAGAAACACUAUUGCAAGAAAACAGCAUCACUAAUUUACUUUCUGUUGAAGAUACACAGUAUUCUUGUUUUGUACAGCACGACAAAGUUGUUUCAACGAAAUUAUCGGAAGAAAAACAUUCUAGAACUAGCGCUUUUUCAAAUUUCGAACGUACCGCAUCUCCCGACAUGUUCGACGAUACGUCCGAUACAACGAAACUCGAUGAUAAAUCUGUAGUAUGCUCUAAAGAUUACGAAAAUUCCAAUCUUCACAUGCUACUGAGUUUAAUUAAACAAGAUGCUGAUAUUGAUAUUUGUAGUCAGAUACCGUUAAGUAAAUCUCGGAAUACGGGAAGUGUGGAGCCAGACGAAGACGAGUCCAUCUGUGUGAAAAAUAUCGAACAAGAUGUAAUGGAGAUCGAUUCUGAUUCUCACGAAUCGUUUACUCAGAAUACGCGCAAGAGUUCUUCAAUCGAUACUCCCCAACGCUUUGAAUCAAAAUCCGCUUCGGAUACAGCAAAGCGAAAAGGUGAUAUCACGUUGUUUAUCGAGAAGAUACAGAGAGAAAACGCAAGGUCGGAUUCCAAUCUCGAUAUCGAACAUUCCGUACUGUCUCCUCUAAGAUACAAAAACCCGUUUCUCAUAGAUAGACAUACUCAAGAUUCACAAUCCUACAACGAUAAUACUGAGCAAUCGCCUGGCAAGAAGAAACUUGGUAGAUUGAGCAAAAUAGAACAGUGUAUGCGAUCGUACGCAGAUAAGCAUCCAGAAUUUUAUUCUCGUUUUUCUAAUAAAAUUAUUAAGCGAAAUAUCAGUUCACUGGAGACUGACGUAUCACCUGAAAGAACAAUUGAUAAAAAUAUGUCAAAUCGCGUACGCGUCUCAACUUCACCGGCUAAGGAUGUUGACACCUCGAGAGAAACAAUUGCUAUAGCAGCGCGUUCAUCAUAUACAGAGACAACUAAUCAAUCGUUCAACACAACCGUCUAUGAUUUAGAAGAGGACAACGAAGAUAUUUCGAUGUAUUCGAAAUACAUGAGGAAUCACAAGGACAACAGCAUAGCGAAGUAUCGCGCGGCAAUUGUGAAAAGCGCAUCAGUUAGCGAUCUGUCUCACAAAAGUACGUCAACCGAUUUAAUCUAUAAAACCAGCUACAUCGACGAGACUGAGAAUCGCAAAAUGCAAACUCAGUCGACUCUGUCAGAGAAAGACACGGAGGUGAUCGUUUCAUCGGACACAGAGAUCGAAAGCGUAUCUUCUAGUUGCCCAGUUGUUUUGCAAAACGAUGAUCGCGAUUAUGAAGAUGUCCUGUCUUCUUCCGUAUUUGACAGGACAAAAGAAAAUAAAGAAGAAGAUACGGUGAGUGAAAAGAACAGUCAAUUGUCGGAAAGUGAACAAAUUGCAAAAGUUAUAACAACAGAUUUGGAAAGACAAGGAGACGUUAAUAACGCAACUAAGUCGAGCGAAGAUGAGCUCAAUGGCAGUGAUACAGAGAUGACAUCUGACGAUACGGACUUCGGUAUGAUCUUCACGCAAAAGCAGUCCAAAUUAAAUGAACAAGAUGAUAAUCAGAAAGCAGAAUCCGUCCCAAGUCCAAUUAUAGUGCCUUCCAGUCCGGAUGCUUCAAACAUUGAAAGCUUGCUUUCCGAUACGGAACAUUGCAGUCCAAGUAUUCCGACAGACAGUCCUAAGUUAAGAGAGUCCUUAGAUUUUUCUCUUCCAAAUUUCGAAGAUGACAUAUAUAUCGCGAACGUCGACGUCAAUCAAUACGAGAAACACAGUUUAGAGAAAAGUCGGUCAGCUGGCGUAUUGAACGUAACAAAAUUCAAAAAGAAUAAUGCACACAGAAAAAAUAAUAAUGCAAUUACGGAUAGUGUUCCGUCUACUUGUGAAAAUUUGAAUAGCGCUGCGAUGUCUUUGACGCAAAACAACGUCGCGAGUAUCAGGAACUUGAGAAAGAAAUCUUUGUCCGAGGGGCAAAUUAGCAUGAACCGAUUGUGUAAUCAAGGUAUAUCUAAACACAUAUCCGUGCAAAUUUGCAGCGAUCAGAAUAUUGCAAAACCUGCAUCUAAAAUAAUUGAAAAAGAUGUUACACCUCCGCCCGAUUACAAUGAUAUGCAAACGCCUGAACUACAUAAAAAAAUGAAGAAGUACGGAUUGAAAGCACAGAAGCGCGGCAGAGCUGUAAAAUUGUUGAUGCAUAUCUAUAACGAGCUUCAUCCUUUAAUACCUGAUACGACCGCACAGAAGGAAAUCACGGAAAUUUCAAGUGACGAGGACGAUGGUCCACCGGUGAAGAAAAGAAAUGUGAACAACCCGGAAAAAACGAAUAAUGUGGAUGACACAAGCGAUAAUGAAUUACUCUGUUCUCAAGAGAGCAAUGGAAGUUUAAAUUCUGCGAAAGGCGCGAUUAGCAAGGAAAUGGAAUUUUACGAAACCGAAUCAUUGCCACCUCAAGAGAAUUCGUCGGAUAUCGCGGAAGCCUUUACGAGACUGAUUGAUAGUGAUCAAGAUUUGUACAACAAAAUAUUGCGAUACGAACCUGUAAAUAUCGAAAGCUUACAUUGUACGUUGCGAACACGUGGAUUUAAAUGUAAACUUUCGAAUCUUAUGAGUUUCCUCGAUGAACAGUGUAUCACAUUUUAUGCGCCAGAACAGAACGUUAAAGGUAGGACACGUAAGAGAUGAUGACUCUCGGCAAACUGGAUCUUGUAUAGAGAAAAACGUAUAUAUUUAGAAUUUGUGUAUUGUAACAUUAUACUUUUUAUUAAUUUACUGUAAUCAAAUCUUACAUAAGAUGUAAACUAUACUCGAGAUCAAGAAGGUGUAGGUUUCUUUCAUAUGGUUUUCUAAGAUAUACAUAAUGUUUAGUUGUUGAAUAAUAGUAUAAUGUUUGUUAGGUAAUGUGUGAUGAGUUGUUAUCAUAUACUAAUAUUGUAAAAUAUAUAUGUAAUGAAAGAAAGAAAA